GAAAGAUGGAAUCUUCCAUGUGUUGAUUGAACAUUGAAACAGUGAAAUUUUUCUUGAUUAAAUAGCUCCGUCUAUUAAAAGGCUUCUAUUUAAAUUUUACUAUAGUUAGUUUCGUUGCAGUUCAUAGUUUACUGCAAAUACGAAGAACCCGUGAAAAAUGUUUGACGGUGUUUUCUUGAUUCCAAAUCGCUGAAUUAACGUCAUUAAAAAUGGCGGAUAGCGCUAGUGAGAGUGAUAGUAGUUCCGUCGAUGGUGGAAUGCUUAUUCCAUCAUCCCCUGCCACGAGAGAACAAUUUCAAAAAAGAAUCGAAUCUUUGCAGCAGGAAAAUCGCGUUCUUAAAAUGGAGUUGGAAACUUUCAAACUGAGAGUAAAGAAUCUCCAGGAGGAGAACAGAGCUUUGAGACAAGCAAGUGUUAAUAUUCAAGCAAAAGCUGAACAAGAAGAAGAAUUUAUUAGUAAUACAUUAUUGAAACAAAUCAAAACUUUGAAAAAGGAGAAAGAAACUCUUGCUCUAAAUUAUGAACAAGAAGAAGAAUGCCUUACGAAUGAUUUAUCCAGGAAAUUGAAUCAGUUGAGGCAAGAAAAAGUGCAGUUAGAACAGACUCUUGAACAAGAACAAGAAGCUCUUGUUAAUAAACUAAUGCGUAAAAUUGAAAAGCUUGAGGCUGAAACAUUGGGCAAGCAAAGUAACUUAGAACAGUUACGUCGUGAGAAAGUGGAACUGGAGAAUACUUUAGAACAGGAACAAGAAGCAUUAGUGAAUAGGUUAUGGAAAAGAAUGGAUAAGUUAGAAGCUGAAAAAAGGAUGUUACAGGAGAAGCUAGAUCAACCUGUAUCUGCGCCUCCAUCUCCAAGAGAUAUUAAUAAUGGAGAUCUUGCUGCUAAUUUAACAAUGCAUGUUCAACAUCUACGCAACGAAGUUGCAAAACUAAAAACACAGUUGUUAAAUGCUCAGCAAGAGCAUUCUGAGAAGAUGGCUCAGUUUGCAAUGGAAGAAAGAUGUGGUAGAGAAGAAAAUGUGAGACUUCAAAAAAAAUUGCAAAUGGAAGUUGAGCGGAGAGAGGCUUUAUGUCGCCAUUUAUCCGAGAGUGAGUCUAGUCUUGAAAUGGAUGAAGAAAGGUGUUUAAGUGAAAUGACGUGUGCACUGCAUACCAGGCCUAGAGCAGCAUCCAGUCCAGUUCCUCACAAUCCUUCUCCAAGUUCUUCACGGCCUUUAAGUCCUGGUAUGAGAGAUGCUUUUAGUCCUCCUAAUCCUAUUGCAUCACGUUGCCCUCAUUGUAGCCAGCCUCUCUUAUCUCAUGCAUCACAGUCUGGAAACCAAUACCAUGUAAAUCCCUGUGUAGGUUCUGGUAUCAUGACCCACACCUCCGGUGCUAUUCCCAUUCCAAUGAAGAAUGUGUCCCUAAGCUCAUACGAGAAAUUUGUGAAACCAAGUGCCCCUCCACCAACACAUCCAAGCACCAACUUAGCCCACAGUCCUCUGACGUAUACGGAGGGAGACAAGAGUUAAAGAAGAUUAAACUUGCCUCAGAAGAGGUAGCUUAAAAAUUGACAAAUGACAACUAAUUAAUGCAUGUCAUAGAAAGGUGAAGAAAAUGCAUUAUUUCAGUUACUGGUCAGAACUCUGAGGAAAGUAAUAAAAUCUCGUGCUUUCAAUUUGCCAUAUUUGAAGAGAGACAUUUUCAGCAGGGUUGUGCCUUUUUUCUCAUUGAAUGUUUCGGAGACUGAAUUUGAAAGAUAGUUUUUUUCUAUUCAUUGCUCUUUUUUUUUUUACUGUACCUGUGAGCUUAGUUAAAAAAUAUUAAUGUUGAGUAUCAUUUUUAGUGUGCAGAGUUUUUAUGUUUGUACAUAUAUUUGUGCUAAAUAUCUGCGGUGUUUGCCAGUUGUACUUGAUGAGAAACUAUUUUUGCUGUAUAAUAUGUAAAGACAUAUGACUUGAAAUCAAAAAAGAAUUAUUUAUAUAUCUUUAAACAAUUUAGUAUUUUGUUAAAUUUUUUUCUGAAAAAAAAUUUUAAAAAAAGUUUGUUUGGUUUUGCAGCUUUUAAAACAAAACUUUAUUGGCAUCCAAAAAAUUACUGUGUAAAUAAAAUGUAUUUUCAGUGAUGAUAAAUUUCAAAAUAUUACUGAAAAACAAACAAUGUGAUUAUAAAAAAAAAAAAAAAAUCCUUAAAAUGUACAUGUAAUAAUAAUUGAAAGCUUCUUGUCAGGAUAUUUUGAUAAUUAAAAUCAGAACUCUUUUAUAUGUUGGAUCUUGAAUUGAAAAUCAAGGCAAAAGAAAAAAAAAAAAAAACUAGUGUUGAGAGAAAAAAGUUAAUAGCAUUACUGUUUUCUUUCCCACUAAAGAAAUUUUGUAACUGUUGUUAAUUUUAAUCAUAAGUAAAAGCCAUAUGGGGACUAGACCUAAGUAAAAGAUAUAUCCUUCUGAAUUUCUGCUGUUCUUUAUCUUAACUAAUAUUAACAUUCUGGCAGUUUGUAACGAGUAAUAAAAGCUGAAGAUUUAAACCAAGAAAUUGGUAAAACAUUAAUAAUUUGGCUUUAAUAUUUUUGCUAAUGUAGGUUAUUUACAACCUAUAACUUAUAGGGUGGCCAUCCUACUUGAAAUAGUUCGAUAAUUUGGAAGAAAACUAAAACAUUACUCUUCUACCUUUAUCCCUAAACUUUAGAAUUAUGUUGUCAAUAGUCAUUAGGAUUUUUUUUUUUUUUUUUUUUUAACCUGUGCUACUUAGUUUCAAAGUUUUUUUUUUGCUGACCAAGAGAAGGUUUGGAAAAUCAUCCUGUUUAACAGAGAUAUGCUGCUAUGUUUUAUUUUGAAAUUAAAAAAAUUGCUACAUAAUUACUGCUGACUCGUUUGUUAUUCAAUUUAAAUGAUAGUUUCAUUGUUGCUGCCCGUGAACUUGUUUUAUGUUAAGUGAAGAUUCAGUUUUCUCCAUGCUAUCCACAAACAUAUUACUAUUUCUUUAAAGCUUUUAUUUCCCAAAUAUCAUUGUAAAAUUUCUUAUGUUUCUUCUUUAUGUGUUCUAAAUGGUAUGUAAAAAAAAAAACCAUUCCCUCCUGAUAAAUUUUCGGUUUAAACACUGACUGACUUUGGACCGCAACAGCAAAUUUUUAAUGUCAGACUAAGUCCAACCUAGGACUGCAAAGAGUUAACUCAUAAUCUUAAGUGUAGCAUAGUUUUUCUCCCCUUCAGAACAACAAGUUGUUGGCUUUUUUUUUUUUGAGCUGUUGCCUAGAAAGUCAUUUUGAGUAUUCGAAAUCUGUGAUAAUUAAAAAAAUCUUCAACAUACAAUGGGAGGCAUCAGAGUUGUGAUGAUCAAACUCAUUUUAAAUAUCAAAUCAAAAAUUACUUACUAUUAUGCUUAAAUUUUUAUUUUGAGUCAAAUAUAAUACACAUGAGAACUUCUUAAAAUGUCUUUAAUAUUUUAAUGCUUUAUUUUUUAAUAUUGCUUUGUGUUUUAAUGCAUCUAACUCAUUUUUAAAAAGUAUGAAAUGCUUUUUAUUUUCCUUGUAUGCUGUAUCAAACAUAUUGAAAAAAAAAAAAAAUAAUGCCUUGAAGGACUUUGGAAAGUUGAUUUUCUUAAUCAGAAGCCACCCUAAAUUCUUCAAUGAUGAAUGUUUUUAAUAAAACUUAUGAAAUAACCAUUACUAUUUCAGAAUUCUGAACUUUUAAUAGAUCUACAAUCCACACUUGCAAGCCUGGAUUUUUAUUUUGUUAUUGUUUUAAAAUCACUUAUAUUUUCUGUUCUUUAAUUGUUUGUAUGAAUAUCUAAAUUUAUUUUAAAGAGUCAAAAAAUAUUAUGUACAUAUGAAACUAUAUUGUUUGUUAUUGAUUCAUUAGUGCUUUUAUUGUGAUUAUAUUGGUUAUUAAAGAGAUUCAUUUACUUGA